GCAGUCGAUGUCGACACUUGACGUGUAAAUGAUCAUCGAAUGGAGUGAGAAGUAGUGAAAGCAGUGAAGCGUUGAAAGUGAUACAAAAAUUGGUAAUCUGUCGAAAAAGUUAACGUUCGUUAAAUCUUUUCCUGGUACCUAUAUUUAAAAAAAAGUAUGUCAACAAAAGUCGACGAGUUAAAAUUGGACAUAGAAGAAAUCAAAAACUUCAUUCAGCAAGCUUCUCGACCAAGGACAAAGGAUAUACUCGGUCUCGAAGUUAGAAGAUUGCAAACAGAAUUAUCGAAAUUAAUCCAAAAGACGAAUUCGACGUCUACUACGUCGACUGAUGUAACGUCUCGAUCUGCACCAAAAUGUUACCAAGUCAAACUGAAUAAUUAUGGUUGGGAUCAAACAAAUGCAGCUGUGAAGCUUUACGUUACAUUAAACGAUGUCCAUCUCUUGCCUAAAGAGGCGGUGACAUGUAAUUUUUCGGACAAAUCGGUAGAUCUAAGGGUCUUUGGAUUGGAUAAUAAAAAUUAUAAUUUAACUAUUAAUAAUUUAUGCGAAGAAAUCGACGUAAAUAAGAGUAGCGUCAAAGUAAAAACAGACAUGGUCCUUGUGUCGCUCGUCAAGAAAAUUCCAAAAAUGUGGUCGCACAUGACGGAAGUAGAAAAACGAAACAAAGAAUCCAAAGCAUCUUCCAUUAUGGAUGCGACGGGAAGCGAAACCGAUCCUAGCGCCGGUAUAAUGAAUUUAAUGAAAAAGCUGUAUCAAGAAGGAGACGACAAACUAAAGGCGGCUAUAGCUGAAGCAUGGACGGAGAGUCAAGAGAAGAUGGCAUCCUCAUUUUAAAACUAUUCUUAAUUUUAUGUUUUUUUACCUGUGCCCAUUAAGUUCGUUAUUUUUUAGACUCUUAUAGACGAGUACAUUGUAAAAAGUAAACUUAGUUCAUAUUUUAUAUGAAAUAAAUCUACGUUUAAACAUUU